CCUCCACGGCCUCCCCGCCUCAGUGGCCCUCCGCACUUCCUUGCAAAGACACAGCCCUUCUGUGCAUAGCUGUAGACAAAGCAGUAUGUGCUGAAUUGUUGGUGUGAUAAUCUCUUCGUGUCGGUGAGGUGUCAUAAUGAAACACUAAGGCAGGUGUCAGCUCAAAGUGCCUGGCUGGGCCUCCCUCUGGGGAAAGUAUCCGAUAUGUCUCACUGGACUGCCUCUGAUGUAGACAAAUCCUCUUCAAUGCAUCUGGCCACAUAUGGUCCCUAGGUGACGUUUUCCCGACAACGUCACAGUGCCAGGGGAGAUGUUUAAAGCUUACACACUAGCGCUGAGGAAAACCCUGGAGGCCUCCCUCCCGGGGACCCGCGGUGCACAACACACGAAGGUCAGUCGGGCUGCCUCUGGCCACCCCGCCGCUGCCGAGGUCACGGAGCAGCUGGAGGAUGAAAUAAAAGGUGAAAAAUAUGGAGGAAGCAAAAGCCGCCUGGAAAGGACAAGUGAGGAGCACUGGACGCUGGUGGCCGGCCAUGUAUUCCAGGCCUGGACCGGCAACUGUCCCCGCCGCUCCUACCAGUCCAGCUUGGCCAGGGCCCUCACGCCGGGCAGUACCGAGGUCCCGGAGUCUCCUCAGGGCGAGGCAAGGACCAGGCCAUGGGAUGGCCACCUGUCUCCUGCAGCGCUGCAGCAAUUGGCCCGGCUAGCAGACGAGUUGGACUUGGCCAAAGAGUCUCAGCAGCUGGCUUGGUGGCUGGUUGGCAGCCGCCUGGCUUCAGUGGAUGCAGAGUGGAUAUUCUCCCAGCUGAAAAAUAUCCAAGCUGCCCUAGUCGACAACACCUACACGGAGGAGGAGAAGGCUGACCUCCUUCACUCCCUCACGCUUUAUAUCUACUCCCAGAUAAAGAGACUCAAGUCCUUGCACACUGCCUUCCCCGGUGGAUGCUGCAAGCAGCUCACCUUCACCCUCAGGACUCUACAGCACCUGGAGCAGCACCCCGCCACCCGCCGCCUGCUGGACACCGCCGGCCAGCCCCCCAUCCCGGAGGACGCCGCCGCCGCCCUCCAGCGUCACGCCCGAGAACGGUGGUGUGAGGUGGUGCAGGUGGAGGCCAGCAAGGAGGAGCCCCCCGAGCAGCAGCUUCGUCGCUCCGUGCACGUGGCGUCCCGAGUGCCGCCAACACUCAAGCACGAGGCCGAGAUGUACCGCCAGAUAUUCGAGCAAGAGCUGUCAGUUCCGUAUGGGGAUAUUUGUCGUCGUGAGGCCAUCAACAGCCUCGAUAACCUCGCCAAGACUAUUCUCGCUCCAGGAGACUCAACACCACAAACUUUGUCAGCAGACAGACAGCGAAACGGAGCGACGCCCACACACCUGCAAAACUUCGCCGUGGGGUCACCCCUGUGGUCCCUGUACAAAGCGCUGGGCCGCGCCUACAGUGCGUGUGGCAAGCCGGAGGGUGACGUCAAGGCAGCGACCCACUAUUACCCAGGCUGCUUCCUGAGGAGUGUGGCAGCCUGGCUAGAGCCCACGAACAGUGACACAGAGAUGAACUACGCCCACUCAGGGAGCAGCAGCGCCUCCUCCCUCCUAGACGUGCUCACAGCCUUCACGGAGGCGAGGGAAUGGUGGAGGGAGCUGGCUUGGCCCGACCCGGAGACCCGUGGCGUGGUGGCAGUGGGGCUGCUGGAGAAUCUGUGCUCCCUGGCCACGCGGCGCUGCCAGGGCGUCACGGCACGGAGGCAGAGCGUGUCUUUUGAUGCCAAGUUUUGUUCGUGUCUGAAAAGUGUGUCUCGGGUGGCCGAGGAGGUACGGCAGCUAUCCGAUGACCUAGGCCUGGAGGAGGUGGUGGAAGGGAUGCGCAAGUGUGGCAACGAAGGCGCCGCGGACCAGGCUAAAGACACUGUGUCCACCCUGCUGUCCAGCGUCGGCCAAAACCUGGAAAACUUGCUUGACCAGUUCAUAGACGCAGCCAUUGACCAGAUGAUGCCAAAGCUGAGGGACGAAGUGGUGGAGGUAUGUGAGCGAGGUGGCAGCUCCACACCUCCCAGCUUGUCCUACACCCUAAGCCUCCUCCAGGAACACCUCCCGCACUCGUCAUCGAGGUCACACUACGUCCCUCCGGGCGGCUCUGAUGCUUCCAGCGCCUCCUAUUCGCCCUGCCUCACUGUCUGUUCCUCCCCGUCCCUCCUACAGCGUCUUUUGGCGCGGCUGUGGGACGCUGUGGUACUUCAGUUUAUGAUUACUGUUGCUGAGAAGACCGGAAGGCAGACUUCGGAAUACUUCUGUCGAGUCCACAGCAUCCUGGAGGCCACCCUGGCGCUAUUCACCAGCCCUGGCCGACUCCACCCCCGAGCUGCUGCCACCCCAGGGUACAGGUCCGUGGCCGAGCAGGUGGAAGGGCAGCGCAAGUCCAGCUCGGCGCUCAUCCUGCAGUACUACUACGCCCGCCUCGCCCAGCAGACCAGGCCAGACCUCCCCACGCUGGCCCACGUCCUUGUGCGGGCCUUCCUCAGCCAGCCAGGCCGCCUGACGGUGCGAGUGCUGGAGGCGCGGGACGUGACAGCGGCGGCGGGCAGGUCACCCCUCCGCUACCACGUGACUGUGCAGGUGGUGCCCCGCGAGGCUUGCCCCGGAGCCGCCCUCCACCGCACCACCGCCGUCACCCACUGCCCCGCCUCCUUUUAUGAGACGUUCGAGUUUCCGACGUGUGAGUGCAGGGGUGAAGGGAGCAUUGGACUGUUGCUCUUCACCCUCGAGGCGGCGCGAGGCAGCAGCGGCAACUGGUCCUUCCUCGGCGAGGCCUUCUUGCCCCUCGCCGCUAUACCGUACGUGGACUCGCCGGAGCUGCAGAACACCACCCUCAGGAUGACGGCGCCGGCCUUCCCGCCAGGGUACGAAUCCGUGACGGCACUGCGGGCACGGGCGGGCACCGAGGAGCGGGCGGCGGCUUUCAUCCGAUCGCUGGAGCGGCGGCACCCUGAGGCCCGGAGCACAGGACACCCCAAGACCUCCAAGGCCGGGCUGUAGUCCAUUACUAAAAUGUGAUCAGAGCAUUUGUCAUACAGGAUGAAACUGUCGAUAUAUAUAAUUCACAAACUGAUAA